AUGAUUUUGUCGCGAUACAAGUCCGGGCCUCUCCCAAAGCCAUUCAAGAUUCUCCCUACCGUUCCGAACUGGCAGACUCUCCUUUCAAUCACCCGCCCCGAGUCGUGGACUGCCAACGCUGUAUACGCUGGAACGCGGAUUUUCAUUUCGCACAAACCGAUUGUUGCGCAGGAGUUUAUCUCGACAGUAUUGCUUGAGCGGGUGCGCGAGGAAAUAUUCGAGACGAAGAAGCUGAAUGUGCAUACAUACAAUGCGAUGAAGAAGGCGCUCUAUAAGCCGGCUUGCUUCUUCAAGGGGCUGCUGUUCCCUCUGGUCUCUAGUGGAACAUGCACGCUACGUGAAGCUCACAUCGUUUCUUCUGUGAUUGCACGUGUCUCCAUCCCCGUUUUACAUUCAGCGGCUGCAUUGCUUCGCAUGUGUGACUUGGCUGCGGAGCAGUCAAUGAAGUCAUUGGAGAGCACUGGGGCAGUGAAUGUUUUUAUUCGAAUCUUCCUGGAAAAGAAGUACGCCCUUCCGUACAAGGUUAUUGAUGCCCUGGUUUUCCAUUUUCUGAGAUUCCGCGCUGCCGACCCAGAGGAUUCAAUGACAGACGGGCCCUCUCGUGACACCAAAGCGUAUAAACUGCCUGUGCUUUGGCAUCAAUCACUUUUGGUCUUCGCCCAGCGUUACCGAAACGACAUCACCGAGGAUCAGCGAGAAGCUCUCUUAGACUUGCUGCUCGUCCGUGGACACAAAGAUAUCGGGCCUGAGGUCAGGCGUGAGCUGUUAGCCGGUAGAGGGCGCGGCGUCGUCGCCCCAGAUCCAGAGAGGCAAAACGCCCUUGACGCGGGAGAUGAUACGAUGGACACAACCUUUUGA